UGGAGCGGGAGCUGACUCUCUGCCUGAUUUCCCAGCGCGCUGAGGUUUCUUCCACCGACCACAAUGAACAAGUUCCUGUGCUGCACGCUUGUGCUCUUGGACAUUUCUGUAAAGUGGACCAUCCAAGACGACUCUGCCCCCAAGUAUCCCCAUUAUGACCCAGAGACAUCUCGCCAGCUGCUGUGUGACCAGUGCCCUCCUGGGAGCUACGUAAAGCAGCACUGUACAGGCACCAGCCCGACGCAGUGUGCCCCGUGUCCGGACCAGUACUACGCCGAAGAGUGGAACAGCAACGACGAAUGCCAGUACUGCAGCGCCGUUUGCAAAGAGCUGCAGUACGUCAAGCAGGAGUGCACCAGCACGCAGAACCGCGUCUGCGAGUGCGUCGAAGGCAGAUACCUGGAGCUCGAGUUUUGUUUAAAGCACACGGAGUGUCCUCCUGGGUUCGGCGUUGAACAGCCAGGUACCCCUGAGAGUGACACUGUAUGUAAGAGAUGUCCAGAAGGAUUUUUCUCAAAUGAAACAUCAUCCAAAGUAGCCUGUCUAAAGCACACAAACUGUAGUGCACUGGGUUUCAAAAUAGCAUUGAAGGGAAAUGCAGUUCGUGACAAUGUCUGUCAGGAAAAUACAGAUACAGCACCUCAGAAAUGCGGAAUAGAUGUAACCCUGUGUGAGGAGGCUUUUUUCAGGUUUGCUGUUCCUACUCAGCUCACACCUAACUGGCUGAACAUACUAGCGGACAGUUUGCCUGGGACAAAGGUUAGCACAGAAAAUAUCGAAAGAAUUAAACAAAGGCACAGUUCUCAAGAGCAAACCUUCCAGCUUUUGAAAUUAUGGAAGCAGCAAAACAAAGAACAGGAUAUGGUCAAGAAGAUUAUUCAAGAUAUCGAUGUUUGCGAAAAUAGUGUCUUAAAGCAUAUUGGCCACCUGAACCUCACCUUUGAACAUCUCAACACACUGAUGGCGAGCUUACCAGGCAAGAAAGUGGGAAAAGAAGAUACUGAGCGCACAAUGAAACUAUGUCAACCUACAGAGCGAGUUCUGAAGCUUCUCAAUCUGUGGAGAAUAAAGAAUGGUGACCAAGACACCAUUAAAGGUUUAAUGUAUGGACUGAAGCACUUGAAAACAUACCACUUUCCAAAACCAACCAUCCAGAGUCUGAAGAAGGUGAUUAAGUUUCUUCACAGAUUUACAAUGUAUAGAUUAUACCAGAAACUCUUUUUAGAAAUGAUAGGGAACCAAGUUAAAUCAGUGAAAGUAAGAUGUGUCUAAUUCAAGAUAUUUUUAAUUCUCCACUGACUAUUUUUCCCUAAUUACUGCUAGCAGUAAUUAAACUGGAAUUUAUGUCUUACUAUUUAUAGAAAUGCCUGACUGGAAUAGCUCUAAGUCUUUUGCAGUGUUUUUGGAGGGUUUUU